AGUCAUAUCUUGGUGUGCACCACAUCACAAAUUACAAAGCGACGGAUGUUGGUGCUGCGCGUGCGGUGUGCUGACGACGGCCGCGAGUUGCUUAUAGAGCGCAAUGGAGCCGCCGAAUACAGUAUCCAGGUAGCAGAGCUGAAGCAAUUGAUCCUCCAGCAACGACAGCAACUCUAUCGCAGUGAGGCCUCUGGAACGAUGUCCAAUCCACAGAUUUCGGACCUUCUCGAAGACUGUUUCGUGCUGCUUCGAGGACAGAUUCUGGCCGAUCCAGACGUCGUGGAUCUGAACGCAUUGCGACCGUCGGACUUCUUCGUAUUCGCACCCGAUUCCCCGCAGUCUGGUAUCGAUACGAACUCUAGCAGUGCAAUGCACACAAGUCAAAUAGAUUCCGCCACUUUUGAGUUGCUACGGUCUCAGCUGGUGGAUAUGGGAUUCUCGACGGAAUUGGCAACUCAGGCCUUGCGACAGUGCGACAAUAAUCUCUCGGACGCUGCUGCAUUGCUUGCAGAAGGAAAACUACGCAAAGAAUCAAGUAAGAAUGGACUAGCUGACGAGGAGAAGACCGGUGUGGUGCCUCAAAAUCCGUCGAUCGCUCCACUGAGGAGUCUAUUGUAUGAUAAAAAUGAGACGAAGCUACGAGAAUUGGCAGCGAUGGACUCGUUCCAAGCGUUGUUGUUACUGAAGGAGAAUUUCUCGUCGGAGAUGUUGAAUCAGCUCAACGAGAACCCUGUUGCGACGUUGCGGUUGCUUUCUCUGCCUGCUCCGGCGAUGAGAACAGAGAUGGAGCCGUUUAGCGAAGAUGUCAUUGACGUUGAUGAUCCUAACGUGGGUAUGGGUGUCACUGAUUCCAAGAACGCAGUUGAUCGGCUUGUCGCGAUGGGGUUCUCUCGAGAUCUUGUGGAAGUUAUGUAUGAAUCCUGCGGUGGUGAUGAGCAGCUUACGGCGAACGCAUUGCUGCAGACGUUGGAGUCUUGAGAAAACUAGGUUAUUACUUAUAUCCGCAUUUGCUUGAGUGGGUAAAGGAUCUGUUGAUAAAAUAUGGGCUUGGACUAUGCGAUUAAACUUCAAGCGUCGAUAAACGUUGGAAGCCGCCUUGUAUAAUGCUGCGAAGCGUUGUGGAGCGCUGUAUACCUGGAAAAGGACGUGGCUUCGCGUCAAGUUUACUGGGAAUGAUGGAACUGGCGGUAGCAAAUUACCACCCACACUCAACAGUAGCAGCUCAGCAUAUCUCAUCGCUGCUAAAUGACCUCUUUUUGCUUUCUUUCUCGUGGUGUCGAGCAGUGCGCAGCAACGACUGAGAGACUACAUUCGCGUCAAGUUGGACGAACUGUCGGUUCAUCGCCAACACCGCAGCCUUUUUCACCUUGCGGAGUUCUCCACCUAGUCGUUCCUUUUCCAAGUUACUCGACGUCAGCUGCGAUAGUACUUCUUCAUACUGCGAUUUCCAAUGUAAAAUUGCUGCAUUUGCUUUGUGGAGACGAUCACUGUGCAACUGACGUUGUGCUUGCAAGUUCUCACGCUCCAGAGCAAGAUCUUCACACAAUACUUGUUCAUCAACUGCAGCAUUGUAUUUCUCCUCCAGGCGCAUCAUAGUGGCCUCCAGAUCUUCCAGUCUCAUCAGCGUGUACUCGAUGCCUUCAGCAGUUCCACCUGUACGCGCUAGUAGCUUCACAAGCCCAGCUUCGCGCCUGAUAGCGACCACCAAUCUGCUCUUGGUGUAGUCGUGUGCGCGUUUCUCUCGAUGAUACACACGCCACGCUCGAUACGACGCUCCGAGAGACGUGAGGACGUCUUCGUCAUCGCUCCCAGGCCCGUCGUCGUCUUCAUCUUCAGCCGUGGAAACACCCCAACGAAGUUCUGCUGCACUGUCUCGAGUCGAUCUGGAUCCUCUGAGGGUCUUGAGUUUAUCGCGCUCACGAUGCUUCUUCGAAGCGAAGCAGCACACAGUCGAAAGCGUAUUCGCCACCUGCCGAACGAUCAACGUCAAACGUGAGCAGGUGUCCGCCUGCAUCGUGGAGUUGGUGAGUGACUUUCUCUAGUAGAUUUCGCGUGCCAAAAGCUACGCUGGCGUUAUAGUGGAAAGUGCGUAUUUCUUUCUCAGUAAAUGUUCGCUGACAAUGGUACCGGCCAUCGCUUCAACGAAUGUCUGUCAUGUUAACUAACUCAAAAGUAUCUGUGGGCAUACUUAGAGAGAGCUGAAGCUUACGUGGCAUUUUACGAAACCAUUUAGGAAACCCGAUUUUAUGUGAAGACUUGAUGACCUUCCAUCGUUCGGUAUGAUGUUAAAUGUCAUGUGGAGCAACAACAGCGAUCCAGAUGAUCGUGCAUUGCUUCAUUUAUAUUUGCAGAAUGUUUCGGAUGUCUACUGCGGUCUGUGAGAUGAAGACUGCACCAUCAUGGGACUGUACUUAGCAUCACAUCAAUUGGAAUUUUGAGGAAAUAUGAUGAACGAUUCGUAGC